UCUUUUUGAUAACCUCAAAUUAUGUUUUGUCGAGCUUAUUGGUGCAUGUCGGGAAUCACAAGUUAAGUUUUUUGAUGGUUACCCACAUGUGAUACGCCGAUGGCAGGCCGGAAGUGACAAGGAAUAGAGGUGAGGUGUGAGGGAGCAGAGAUGAGGUCAUGAGGGAUCCAUUGCCACGACGAUGAUCAGAGCCUGCCGAUGAAUAAUCUCGAGAGUUUGAGAGAGAAGUGAGGGGCGAGAUAACGUGGUUUUGGGCCUGACUCCUCAAAAUAGUAGCCCAAGCCCACAAAUUCGUCGUCACCGGUCAAAAACCCAACUAGCCAAGCCAGAAACCCUUGUCGUCGCCGUUGCCGACUUGCCGUCUCUUCUGCAACUGAAGAAGCCAUGGCCUUGGCCGCCGCCCUCGCCCGAGCGGCUACGCGUCUCUUCCGCGGCGGCCUGCCGCCGUCCUCCAUUUCUCCGGCGCUAUCCAGCUACAGUCGUCCAUUCUGUGGACUCACCGCCGACGACGACGAGCCCUCCGCUCCGGGGGUCGUGGAGGACCCGUGGAAGGCGGCCGAGGCGGAGAUCCUCCGGGACGUCAAGCCUGUCGUGGACCUUGUCAAGGACAUCCUCCACUCCGGCAGAUAUGGAGAUGGUGAAGUUUUAAGUCCAGAUGACCAGAAGUUUGUAGUAGAAAAGCUUCUUGCUCACCACCCCUGUUCGGAAGACAAGAUUGGUUGCGGACUUGAUGCUAUUAUGGUUACAAGCAUCCUGAUUUCUGGUUGUCCAGUCGUCCGUCCAGAUGCCUCUUUGUCGUUAGAACAAAUGGCGGCAGCGAGGAUUUCUCAUACAGGAAGUGUGUCCAGGCAUACGUCAAAAGGACCUAUCCAACCCUUCCCCACGCAGAUAGGUUUUUACAGAAACGUCUCUUUCAGAAGAGGUCGUAACUUGUUCUGUCUUCCGAACUAAACAAAAUUCUGAAUGAUGCUACCGUAGGCAGGUGGGCAGCACUACAAUCUUAGGUUUGCAUGCAUUUGGUGUCUAGACGUGUUGCACUGGCUCACCCUUUUGUCCUAUUGUUUAUGUCAAGUGGAAGAUGCCAUUGUCCAAGCUUUCUUUGAUGCAAUAUCCAAUUCUCCUUGUUGCUAAAUUAUUUGGGACAAAAAUCGUCAAUAAUAAAUUUGCAUGUAUUAUUCCCAUGAUUUA